AUGUCCCAGGGAGCUAGCGGCGCUGUGUCAUCGGAACCGCACCAGCAUCGCCGCUGCCUGGCUCGCCUCCCGCCGCGCCACGCCGCCGCCCAUCUCCUCACCCGUCCGCGCGCCCGCCGCCCACCUGCCGUGCAGCCGCCGGCGGCGCCGCCGGCGCCUGCGGUGCCCAUGAAGGUGGUGGCCGACGGUACGCUGGCCUAUGCCUUUGAGUACCCCGCCGCCACCGCGUCCGGCAGGCAGCUGCCGCUGGUGUUCAGCCGCCGGCCCGAGCGCUACUCGUCGGCGGCGCCGCUGACCGCCGACGCGCGGCAGCGCAUCGUGUGCGAGCUCGCAGACCUGAUUGACGCGGUGACGGUGUCGCUGACGGUGGGCCCUCCCUCGGGCAUCCUCAAGGCCAAGCCGCCCGGCGAGUGGCGGGCGGAGGAGGUGGCGCAGGCGGUGCUCAUCGACCGCUCCACCGCCCGCAUCACCACUGGCCAGCGCAUCUCGCUCAACAGCGUGGAGACGGCGGCGGCCGAGCUGCGCGGAGACGACGGCACCCCCUACUUUGUGUUUGAGCACGUGUCGCAGGGGUCGCCCACGCUGCGCGCGCUGUCCCGCGAGACGUACCGCCACGCGCUGGCGGUGACGGCGGUGCGCCCCGGCCUGGACGGCACCCCCUUCCUCUACACCCUCAACAUGAGCUGUCCCCAGGACCUGUGGGAGGACGUGCAGCCUGGCUUCGUGCAGGGCGUGGCGCUGCUGCCGCCGGGGCCCAGCUACGUGGCGCCUGACCAGGACCCGUGGCGCUUCUUCUGA